AUGUCAAGGGACCCACUUGUCGUAGGCAACGUAGUUGGAGAUAUCUUGGAUCCAUUUAUCAAAUCAGCAUCACUUAGAGUCCUAUACAACAAUAGGGAACUGACUAAUGGAUCUGAGCUCAAGCCAUCGCAAGUAGCCAAUGAACCAAGGAUUGAGAUUGCUGGACAUGACAUGAGGACCCUUUACACUUUGAAGAUAACAAACUUACCACUAGGUGAUGGUGGAUCCCGACUCACCAAGUCCAAGCAAUCCAACGAAAAGAGAGUACCUUCACUGGUUUAUUCAAACUAUAUUUCAGGAAAUGAGGUGGUAAGCUAUGAAAGUCCAAAGCCAAGUGCUGGAAUACACCGCUUCGUCUUUGUACUAUUCCGCCAAUCUGUCCGGCAAACUAUUUAUGCGCCAGGAUGGAGGCAAAAUUUCAACACAAGAGACUUCAUAGCACUCUAUAAUCUAGGACCACCUGUGGCCUCAGUGUUCUUCAACUGCCAAAGGGAGAAUGGGUGCGGUGGCAGACGAUAUAUUAGAUAUUAG